AUGUUUGCAGAAGUCAAUUGGCUAGCUGAGGACUUCAAACGGGAACGUCAAUGGAAAAGGGUCUCUGCUAAGAAGCUCGCACUGACUGCCCUAAAGUCCUACCGAGACAAAACUGAGAGAGCUUCGAGGAUAGAAAAAGAGGAAGUUAUUCGUGUACGCAAGAUGUGCGCAUUUAUUGCAAGAAUGGUUCGCGAUUGGUGGCGUCAAAUGGAUAAGAUUGUUCAAGCGAAGCAGCAAGUACGACUAACAGCUAAACGUCAGCAAGCUAUUAGUUCGCAUCUUGGCCAAGUGCUUGAAACCACCGAAGAAUAUACUCGUUGGUUAACUGAAGGGAUAACUAAUUCCAAAUCCACACAGAAUGCUAACAGUAUAAACUCUAUCUCUGAUAGUCAGAAAGAAAAUGUUUCAGUUACCAAAGAGAAUGAUCCAAAACCAGAUUCUCAGCAACCAGAUUUAUCCGACGAGGAAUUCGUUGCAGAUGAAAAAGCAUUUGAAGAAGCUGAAGAUGACGAAGAAACUAUAGAGCAAGAGGAAAAAAUAGCUAUGCAGGGACGUCAUGUCUCUGGGAUGUCUCCAACGGUUGAACUUGCCCAAUUGGAGGCUGAAGCUAAUUGUCCUUUAGAAGAUCUUUUGCCUCCCGGGUACCUUGAAUUCAUUGAAUCAUGUUCUGCUAAUAAAGAGUGUCUUUCAGACAAUGAAUCCAAAGAUAAUAAAGAAGCAACAGAAGAAGAAAGUGAAGGAGCCAACAAUAAAUAUGAGGUAACCUCAUGCUCCAGUGAAACGGUUAAUAACUGUCAGCUUUCAGAGGAAAAUAAAGAGAUUAAGAAUGAGGUUAAUACCUGCGUUUCGGAAACAAGUUUACCAGUCGAAGAAACGGGAGAUAUUACUCCUCAACAUAAAAAUGAGCUUGAUGAUGAAGAAUACUCUAGCGCAUCAGACGUGGAAUCAAACACACAGUCCGUAUCAUCUGAGAGCGAUGAGAGCAGCGAUGAUGAAACGGAACAAGAAAAUUCAGAUGCUAAAGAAUGUUCUUCGUUGAAAAGUGAUUCUGAACUAUCUCUAAGAGAACUCGUGGAUAAUGAGGCAAAUGAUAAAGUGGAAAAAACUACAAACGAUGUUAAUGUGGAUGUUACUGGCAGUAACACUGUAGAGACAGAGCAAUCAUCUUGUCAGACAUUCCCUGGUGGAGAAAAUAUCGAGUCUAUCACGAACGAAGCUAUGAAUGCCUCGUCAGGAGCAGGUUUGACAACUAUAUCCUCCCCAUUCCUUCUCUCUGGAGGCACCCUUAGAGAAUAUCAAACAGUUGGUUUAUCGUGGCUGGUUGCUAUUUAUGAUAAGCGCCUGAACGGAAUUCUCGCAGAUGAAAUGGGUCUAGGUAAAACUAUCCAAACAAUUUCACUACUGGCGUAUCUUGCCUGCGAAAGAGGUGUAUGGGGUCCACAUUUAAUAGUCGUUCCAACAAGUGUUAUCCUUAAUUGGGAAGUGGAGAUCAAACGAUGGUGUCCAGCUUUCAAAAUACUGACCUACUAUGGUAGCAUAAAAGAAAGAAAGCAUAAAAGAACGGGUUGGACUAAAACAAACGCAUUUCAUAUUUGUAUAACAUCUUACAGUUUGGCAAUCCAGGAUGCAGGCGUUUUCAAGCGUAAGAAGUGGAAAUAUCUCAUAUUAGACGAGGCUCAAAAUAUUAAAAACUUCAAGUCUCAACGGUGGCAAACUCUGCUUACCUUUAACAGUCAGCGACGUUUACUUCUUACUGGUACCCCACUACAAAAUUCACUGAUGGAACUUUGGUCUCUAAUGCAUUUUCUGAUGCCAAAUAUUUUCCAGUCACAUCGGGAUUUCCAAGAGUGGUUCGCUUCACCUAUCACAGGAAUGAUCGAAGGAAAUACUGAUCAUAAUGAUCUACUUGUUCAAAGGUUGCAUAAAGUACUGCGUCCCUUUUUACUACGGCGUCUUAAAGCUGAUGUUGAACGUCAACUUCCCAAGAAGUAUGAACACGUUAUCAUGUGCAGACUAUCACGAAGACAACGUUUUUUAUACGAUGAUUUUAUGUCUCUUGGCAGUACUCAAGAAACACUUAAGUCGGGUCAAUUCCUCUCAGUUAUGAAUAUACUUAUGCAACUGCGUAAAGUUUGCAACCAUCCAAAUCUGUUUGAAACCAGACCAAUUAUAUCACCCUUUCGAGUUGCCGAUUCAUAUGUUACCUAUUCUCUACCAAGAUUACUAGUUUCUAUAAGUCAUCCUUUCUUGGUGUUUGCUCCAAGUUCGAAUGGUGGUCAAAGUGUGAUUGGGUCUGCCUCUGCUUUUACUGAACCUGAUCUAGACUGGUUGGAUGUUGCAGGAUCAGUUGCUCGCCUUUUAGGACAAACAAUGAAUUUAAUCGAAAUGGCCCGGGAUUUACCCGGGUUUGCUGCCAAUCGCUGUCAUCAGUUAUGUGCGAAGAAGGAGUUGAUUACUGUUAUUGACUCAAAUGACGUAGUAGAUGAUGUUAUAUCUCAACGUGUAAAAUAUAACUCAUUGAAAAAGUCACAUAAAUCUUUUGAUGUAUCUACAAAUAAAUCGCCGCUAUUUGAUUUAAAUUCUAUGGACCCUGAUUGCGGUGACGAACAAUAUCGUGGUCACUCAUCAACGGUUCCACGUGCACCUACUAAGAUCCAAGUUAACGAACAAUAUCCUGGCCACCCAUCAGCGGUUCCACGUGCACCUACUAUGAUUCAAGCUGACUUUCCAAAGAAUCCAUGGGAUAAUGGCAUGCCAAAAUCUUGUCUACGUCAUCGUUUUGUUGAAAGACAAAAUAGAUUGCUUUUAAUGAGUCGAAUUAAUGAACGUCGUUGUGACAUGUUAUUCACUUCACAGUCAAAUGAUGUUGGAAAUUAUUGGGAUCAUGGAACUCAUAUAGGACCAGAUGUUGUUUUUCACAUCACUCGUUUACUGCGCGAAAAACCUCUUGAAUAUAGUAUUAAACGUUUUCGGACAUAUCCAGGUCUUAUAAGUGGUACAACCAAUUGUUAUGAGAGCUUGUAUACAUGGCCGAGUCGAAAUUGUUCAUUUGUUAGUGAUGAUGUUUCAAGAGUUGAUGAAGCGUCUUGUUUUGAAAUGACUUCCAGAUUAAUAGUUCCAAUAUCCUCAAAAUCCACUCAUUCUGAAGGAGCACUUAUGUCUUACGUAUCCAAGCCUCUUCGAAAAAUGCUGCACAGUCCUUAUGAUUAUUUGAAUGAUCUGCAUGAAAUUCUGAAAAGGUUCGUUUUUGUAGUGCCUGCUGUUAUAUCAUCGGGUUUUAUGCUACAAGUGUCCAGUCAUGCUUUGGAACACCAAGUUGUAAAUCAAGAAAGUCGUAUUCGAGAUAUGUUGUUAAACUCAGGAUGUUUACCCUCCUCAUGUUUCCCAGUGAAUUCACUUGAAUAUCAAAAAUCUGCCGACCGUUUACCACCUCUCAGUCCUCAAAUUUGGUUGAUGCCAUCAAAAUUGCAUCAGUUAGUCAUGUCCUGUCGUAUUCAAUUCCCUGAUCCACGAUUGAUUCAGUACGAUUGUGGAAAACUGCAACGGUUAAGUGGCAUGUUACGUGAACUUAAGUCCGGCAAUCAUCGUGUCCUUAUUUUUACUCAGAUGGCAAGAAUGUUGGAUAUUCUAGAGCAGUUUCUAGCUUAUCAUGGUCAUCGUUAUUUACGUUUGGAUGGUACAACAAAAGUUGAACAGCGUCAAGUUUUAAUGGAGCGCUUUAACCAGGAUCCUCAAAUUUUUGUUUUCAUCUUGUCAACUCGUUCUGGUGGUUUAGGUAUAAACCUAACAGGGGCUGACACAGUUAUAUUUUACGAUUCAGAUUGGAAUCCAACAAUGGAUGCUCAAGCACAAGACAGGUGUCACCGUAUCGGACAAACUCGUGAUGUACAUAUUUACCGUCUGAUAAGUGAAAGAACAGUUGAAGAAAAUAUCCUGCGCAAGGCCAAUCAGAAACGAUUCCUUAGCGACGUAGCAAUUGAAGGCGGCAAGUUUACCACAGCUUUCUUCAAGCAAAAUACAAUAACGGAAUUGUUUGCUGAACCAUCAGGACUUCAGGACUUGGAAAAAGCAAAGGACUGUGUUACUACAGAAACAUCGGCUUCAAUGGUUGUCGAUUCUGAAGUUUCAUCACAAUCUGAUCCUGGAGUUACAACUACUCGUAGUGGGAGACAAGUGCGUCCACCGAGUAGUGUAUCCACACUUUCACAAGAUGUCAGUAUUACCAAUGAUUCCAUAGAACCUGCAUUGAAUACUGAAGCUCAGUUGGAGGCACUACUCGAUGCAUGUGAAGAAGAAAGUGACCGUAUCGCUGCUAAACGUGCUUUAGAUGAAGCUAAAGCGGAUUUGGCUGAAUUCGAUGAGAAGUUACCAUGUGCCACCAGUGACGCGGACCCUGAAAAUUCUGGUCCAGGUGAUAGUUCAAGUAUUCCACUGGUGGAUGAAAUAGAUCCCCUCUCUCGUCUACGCAUCAAUCGCCAGCGCCUUGAAGAAGGACAGUCAAAUAGUAAUACAGCAGAGACCAUUGAGGAAAUUGUUGAGCGUGAGCUAGUCGGAUUUGAAUCUCAGUUAAAGCCGGUUGAACGAUUUGGAGUUCGACAAGUUGAAGAACAGAGAGAACAAAUGCUAAAUGAAGAGUUGGACAUGGCUGAUGCAGAACGAAUGGAAUCUGAAAGACUUUGGCGACUAGAAAAGUUAAAGGCUUUACAUGAAGCAGAUGAAGAACGAGCAGAAUUAGAAGAGGAUGAUAUGUUUUACUGUUGUGGGAAAUACGACCCUUCAAGUCAACUUGCAGAACUUGAACGUUUGGAAAGAAUCCGAAUGGAGGAAGCUAGUGAAAUAGAUACUUCACUUGGAAUUUUAGAUUCUGGACAGAUAUUUGCAAGUGGACGUUCGAAAUACUCUGGAAAGCGAACUUACGAUUCAAGUAAAGCAUUGCACAAAGUCACAAAAUCACACACAAAUAAUUCAAUUAAUUCAGAAUCAAGGAAAUUAUCCAAGAUCUCUAACAUGCAUAAGCGACCAAGAUUCGAAGAGAAAAAGCAGUCAACAAAUGUUAAAAUGGUUUGUGAAAAUCAAGAUGGAUCAGACACAAGUAAUCACUUUGUUAAAGGAAACAAGUCUAAGAUACAUCUGCCACACGAUGAUAUGACCACAAAGAACAAAACUGGAAUGGACGAGUUUGUGGAAAGAAUGCAUUUCCCCCCUGUGGUCGUCAAUAAAAGACUUCAGAGCUCGAAUGUUCUUCAGGAUACCAAUCAUAAUGCUAAAUCCAAUAUGUGGAAUAAAGGAAGUGUCUCCUCACAUGAUGUAGGAAAAGAAUAUCAACCGUAUUAUGCACACCAACCAGAUGGUGAGAGCGAGCAGUACUCUGGGUCUUGUGGGUCAGAGCAGACAAUGACAGACGAUGUUUGGCAUCCUUCCCGACAGGGUCUGGGAUGUACAAUGUCUCAUAAGCGAAGAGAUAGUUUCAAUGUCGAUUUUGGUGUUCCAAAUAAAGCCUUCCGUUUCGAUACAAGGAAUUCCGAUAUUUCUGACAACCACUGCAACCCAGAAAAUGUUGUACAUGAAGAAAUUGUGGAGACUGACAGUUUUGAUGAGUUACCCAUUCCCAAAACAUCAUGUACAACAGGGAGUAGUGGGUCAGCUACUACUACUAAUUCGUUUGUACAUAACAAUUACCAAACCCCACCCGAGAUACCUUUUCGUUUGGUAGAACCAACUUCCCCAUCUCUUCGACUUCCCCCAGAGCCUACAUAUCGUAUUCGAACUUUUCCUGAAGGAAAUCAUUUAACAUUCACACCGAGACAAUUGUUUGUCCCAACGGGUCAACCUGUAUUCGUGAUCACACGCCAAAUAAAAAUGCCCUCAGGUGAGGUAUAUCAACAACAGUUCACUCAUCCACUUGUACCACCACCGCAGUUUGAGCGCAUAGUAUCUCAGUUGCACAAGCCCUCUGGUAGUAUUCCCCAAACCCCCAAGUUAUAUGAAGCACGUCAAAUUCGACCUCGAUUAACAGCUCAAUCCACAAUAAUAUGUCGGUCGUCUUUGUUGAACGACUCGACUCCCGUCCACCCUACAGAAACAGUACUAUUGAAAACAGCUACUAAAAUCCCAAGCACAUUGAAUGCAUCACCCAAUGUAGGGUUGCAAAAUACGGCAAAUGCAAAGCAAUUUACUCAACUUCCUAGAUCACCAGCCAAUGGUAUAAGAUGUGGGACAAGCAUCCCUGUGAUAAGAAUGAUUAACUGUACCACAAACAAGACAACUCCUGUUACACGUUUGACUACUCCAGAAAAUAAUUUUGUAAACAAUGAUAUCGUUCAUUCACCCAGCACUCAACCUUCAAUACACACUUCACCUAAUGCUAUUCGGAUUGGGGACGCUGUGCGACUGAUUCCCAAUCACGUCCCCAGUGCCAAAGCUCCGAUCAUUAAGUUGCAACGCGUAGCGUCCAAUCUGACGUAUCCUAAAACUACGAUCUCUCACUAA